AUGGCAUCACCUGUCGCUCUCAUAACUGACGGAGCUUCUGGAAUCGAUGUCGCUGUAGCUGAGCAUCUCAUCCAAUUUCACGAAUAUAAGGUGGCAAUCUCCGACAUUUUCAAAUCACGAGUGCAGGAGCAGAUUACUGCGCUGGGUACAGAUCUAUGUCUAGGAAUUUGCUUCGAUGUUGCAGAUUACAGUGCCCUUGCCAAGGCGUUUAUCCGGUGCUACGAACGGGGUGGAAAUCGCAUAGCUCUUGUCUACCUCAACGCUGGCAUAGGCGAUACUGACAGCCUUUACAAUGAUCUUCAUAUUGUUUCAAACGCUGGUCUUCCAGCGCCUGUCGACCUCAGAGUAAUGGAUGUCAAUCUACACGCAGUAAUCAACGCCAUCAACCCAGGCAGAUAUUUCAUCCUAGAAGAGAACGAAAGAAGAAGCGGCGAGAUCGCUGUGACCUCAAGCGUACUCGGACUAUAUCCCAAUCACUCCAUAUCUCCAUACACGGCUUCGAAGCAUGCGCUAGUCGGACUUGUGCGUGCGCUGGCGCCUGUUAACGCAAAGGACAAUAUCAGUAUCAAUGCCAUCUUGUCCACAAUGAUUGAUACAAACUUGAUGCCAGAGGCAAUCCGCCCUUUGUGGAGAAGGGACCAUUUAACAUCACUCAGUACAGCAUUAAAAGCCUUCGACGCGAUCCUUGCUGACGCGAAAAUGACCGGCAGGGUCGUGGAACUUGUAUUGGACGAGGUCAUAAUGAAUCCACUAGCAGAGUAUACCCGACCGAAUAUCAGAUGGACGUGUGAGCAAGACUGUUCGUGGAAAUCUGAAAUGGGGCCAAUCAGGCCAUGGACACCAGGUCAAAAUGCCGAGUCCGAAUGUCAUGAGUCCAGAGGACAACUCAGAUGA